AUGUCAUACCCCGACGCAAUGGACCAAGACCAUGCGGCGCCCCCGCCGGCUGCGGCAGCCAACGACCAAGACGCGGAAAUCGGCCAGGUCGCAACCGCCAUGCAGGUCGUGACAGAAGUCUGCAACGCGCCCGCGACCAGCAUAGAGGGCACACCGACACCUCAAGUCGCACAAUCGCAAAAUCCCGUGCCGUCAACAGAGACAGCUCCGACGACGGCGCCAGCAACAUCCGCGGCACCACAGCAGCCCCAGCCGGCAGCGGGGGCGACCCAGCCGGCAGCAACGACCGCGUCUCCGGCUCCCGCGUCGCCCGCGCCCGCCCGCACCGGCACUCCAAUGCGCAACAUGGUUGGCGGCGGCGGCGGUGACACGGGCUCCCGCGCCGGCUCGCUGCACCCGGAGCCGAGCUUCAAUAUGCCGGCCGAGGCCGCCACGCACGGCGCGCCCGCUAGGGUGUACCUCAACACCAAGGUCACGGGCGUGCUGCUCGAGGGCAUGAAGAUAAUCGCAAAGGAUCAGCCUAAUGACCCUCUGCGUGUCCUCGGCGAGUUCUUGCUACAGCGCUCCAAAGAGAUCGAGUCAACGAGCUAG